CAUCGUCUUCGACUUCGCAAAACAACACAAAAUAAAAUCACUUUACUCAUUUUGCAUUCGUUGUGUGUUGUGUUUUGAUAUAACAAAAAUAAUGAUACGUUAGUGUAAUAUAAAGUGAAAUUUUAACUUUUAAUGGAAGUUAGGAAGUGAUUAGCAGCUAGUUGUGAUCAGAAUGUAGCGCGCAGUCAAGUUCCGAAAUCCAUUAUCCAAUAAUAAGUUAUUGAUCUUAUAUUGUAUGAGACUGUAAAUAAAUAUAAACGUUAAGAAACAUGUCUGUGGUCAAAGGGAAACUUGUGAAAAUGGAAGUCAUCCAAGUUGGUGAAUAUGAAUUCACCAAACAAGACAUAAUAGGACACGGAGCCUUCGCUAUGGUAUACAAAGGAAGGAAGAGAAAGAAUCCGUCACAGUCCGUGGCUGUGAAAGUGGUGACUAAAAAAGGAAUACAGAAAGCUUCAGAGAUUCUCGUAAAGGAGAUAAAGAUCCUUCGCGAGCUGACGGCCCUUCACCAUACGAAUCUGGUGGCCAUGCACGAUUGUAUGGACAGCCCAGCCUACGUCUAUGUCGUCAUGGAGUAUUGCAACGGGGGUGACCUGGCGGACUAUUUGCAAGCAAAUCGACUGCUGAGUGAAAGCACCAUCCGGCUGUUUCUAAGACAGCUGGCCGAAGCGAUGCGGGCAAUCCACGCGAAGGGAAUCGUUCAUCGUGACCUGAAACCUCAGAACAUCUUGCUCACACACAAUGUCGCCCCGCCCCGCACGCCCCAUGCAUCUGAGAUAACACUCAAAAUUGCUGACUUUGGCUUCGCAAGGUUCCUCGAAGAAGGAAACAUGGCCGUCACGCUCUGCGGCUCACCGAUGUAUAUGGCACCGGAGGUCAUAAUGUCUCUGAAGUACGACGCAAAAGCGGACCUCUGGAGUCUGGGCACGAUAGUGUACCAAUGCCUGACGGGCAAGGCGCCCUUCCAGGCCACCACGCCGCACGAACUCAAAGCUUUCUACGAGAACAGCGUCGACUUGCAGCCAAAAAUGCCAGCAGGCACAAGUCCGGAACUGUGCAACCUGCUCAUUGGUCUGCUGCGGCGUAACCCGCGGGAGCGCAUGCCCUUCGAGGCUUUCUUCAACCAUCCAUUCCUACAACGACCGCGAACUACGUCCAUCAACAGAGCGAGCGGCAACCCGUCGUCGGCGCCGACCGGGCCGGGCGCGAGCUCGAGCGGGGGCGCAGGGGCGGGGGCGGGGGGGCGCGCCCCGCCCGCGCCGCGCGCCCUGCAGCCGCCGCCGCAGCCGCUGCCCACGCUGCAGCCGCACAAGAAGUCACAGCCGACAUCCUCCGCCGAGUCGUCAGACACGACCUGGGGCGGGGAGGACGACUUCGUGCUAGUGGAGGCGACGGAGAGCGGGUCCGCGGAGUGCUCGGGCGCGUCGUCGGGCUCGGAGGCGGCGCCGCGGCCGCGCUCGCUGGCGCUGGCCGCCGCGCUGCCCGCCGCGCCGCCCGACACGCGCGCCCCGCGACACGCGCCCACGCAGCCGCCGCCGCUCACGCUCAACAGGAACACACUCGCCGUAACAUGUAACAAUAACGUACCACGAUCACAACCCAUCGACGUGCUUCGAUCGAACUACAGCCGUAACGCCACCAACAUAGGAUCCUUGUCGCCGCCCACAGUACCGUUUACGAUGACGCCACCGUCGACGCGGCGCCGCAGCAGCAACUCGGGCAGCUCUCCACCGCCCUCGCUGUGGCAGGUAUCGCCCACCAACGCUAGCCCGCUGCGCAGAUCAGGCUCGUCCCCGCCGGUGUCGCUGGCGCUGAAGGCGAGCGGCGAGGCGGGCGGCGGCGCGGGCUCGCCCAAGCGCCAGGCGCUGCCCGACGCGCUGCUGCGCGGCAUCAAGCUGCACCAGCCGCCAGACCCGCCCGUCUACAUACCCAACCUGCAGGAGGAGACCAUCCUCGCCGAGGAGCACAGCAAAGUAUUCUCUCAGCUUAACUUUGUCCUGAUGCUAGCAGAGCUGCUGUCCGACCUCGCCGUCUCUUGUGGCGCUCCAAUCGCUGCACUUAUGGAUGCCUCAGAUGAGCGCUGCAACGAGAGCGUGCGGCUGGGGCUGCUGGUGCAGGCCAUGCAGGCGCUGGCGGCCGGCCUGCGCCUCGCCGCCGCGCACUACCGCGCGCGCACGCUGCAGCCCACGCCGCAAGUGCGCAACGUUGUUUCCCUCAUGAACGGAAAGUACAAGUGGAUUGUAAACGAGUCGAGGAGGCUUCACGAAGCGGGCGUCACCCCAGCUGUGUGUGACAAAAUCCUUUACGAGCAUGCUAUUGAACUCUGUCAGAUGGCGGCUAUCGAGGAGUUAUUCGGCGACAUGAAGGAGUGCGAGCGGCGCUACAUGUCGGCGCAGGUGUUGCUGCACUCGCUCGUGCAGCGCCAUCCGCUGCACCCGCAACACCGGACCACGCUCUCCAAGUAUCGAGACGCGGUACAACGACGGCUCAAUUGCCUCAAAGGGCCGCGCAAAAUAAUGGACGUUAAACUCGAGGCCGGGAUCUCAUAAUGCAAUAUGCAACCAGCCACGUAGGAGUAAGUGGACGUGAUGCAACAUGAAAAGUGAUUUUAUUUUGUUUAAAAAAAAUGACUUGGUGUGAAACAAAAUACUGUAUAAUCUAAAAAUGUAUAAAAAUAUAAAGUGAAAUAUAUCAAUUAAAAUCAAUGUAUACAAUCGUUUAGCGAUCAAUGAAAAUGAAGAUUACCAGAGAUUCAAUAGUGAACUACAUUUUAUUAUUGAGUUACAAGCAAGAGUUCUUAGUAGUAUUAUAGAAUCGUCUAGUAUAUUUUAAUGCUAAACGAGUUGCAGAAUUGCUUCAAAAUCAACUUAUAUAUUAUAGUUUGUUAGAUGUGUGUCUAGAAUUCCUUUAAAAUAAAAACGGUUGUAUCAUUUAGUGAGGUUUGAAAUUUUAGUAUUAAGCACAUUUCACUUGAAGUAGCAAACUAUUCUAUACAUAUAAUGAAUAAUGAGAAUAAUAAUAAAUAUACAUACAAGUUAUAUUUUUUCCAGUCAUCAACAUUUUAGUGAAUUAAAUAGACAUAAUUACUAAAGCGUAAGGUAGUAAACGUAGUAUUGUUUCAAACUCUCUUUAACUCUUAUUACUACUACCAACUUGUAGUUGAUCAUGUAAAAUGGAAAUUAGAAAGUAAUAACGUCUCGGUAUAAAUAUAAUGCUAUAGAGAUCUCAUUGACGACCAAUAACAAUAUUAUGGCAUUUUUAGGCUAAGCUGUGAAAUAUGAUUUUAAAGUAUUUUCCUGAAGAAAUGGAGAUUGUAUGAUUGAAUGAAUUUUAGUUUAUUUUCUCUAAUCAUACUUAUUUUGCUUAGAUUGUGAUCCUGAAUUAUGUAUUUUCUUCUCUGAAAAUGUCUACUGCUUUACUGAAAUAAGAAUAAAGACUGUUGUAUUAUAAAAUUA